CAAACAUAAUGUGCAAUGGGACCAUUUCCCAUAUAAUUGAAGAACAAAGCCAAAAAGAUUAUCAUCUCACCCAACCACUCCCAAAAUUUCGGCCACACACUCUCAAGGAGGAGGAGGAGCUCUGAAAAUAUCAUCCUCCAUAGCCAUGAACCGAGCUCAUGUUUGAAGGAGGUUCGAGGAAGAAGAAAAGCUUGGAAAAGAAGAGAAAAACUUAGUAAAAUUAAGGAAUUUUACCAAGGUAUUCUAGACUUCUCAAGGAACCUAGGAGUGGCCGGAAAGUCGCCGGAGCCGCCGGAGUUUUCGCCGGAAAAUUCAAAAGUCACCGGAGUUCAAACAAAGAAGAUAAAAGCUUGCUAGCGUCACUUCAAGGUUGAAGCUAGAGCUUACUUCCUGCACCCGUUGCUCGGGAGAUCGAUGGAGAGAAGACGUGGAAUGGGUGGUAGCGAUAGGGCGGUUCGAGGAAAUCCGAGAGGGCGCGCACCGGGGAUAGCCGGGCAAGCCAAUCGGGGGAUAUCAAGGUCACGUAAAAGGCGAGGUAUGGGCAAUCAAGGACCACAAAAGCGAGCUGCGAUGGCUGAUCACAAUGUGACUGAAUUCGAGUCGUGGAACUCGGAGGAUGACUCAACUUAUCAGCCUGAAAGUGAGUCUGAAGAAACUUCUUUUGAAGGAAAUGAUGGAGAGGAUAUGCACAGUAUUCCUCCUGAUCAGAUUAGUGAGAUGUACCGAUGGUACCAGCGGGAAAGGGAAAGGCAACGACGGAGAUCCCAGGUGGGACAUGUAAGAGACGACACCUCUCGCAGGAGGGGUCGGGGUGUUCAUAGAGCACAGGUUAAGACAAUCAGAGAUUCUGAUGGUGAAGGACCAUUCAUUAAGAUCUCAAAGUACCUCAAAGAGGCUAGGGCCUUGGGGUGCAAACCGUUUGAUGGGACGGGGGAUAUCUCGGAAGCGGCCGAGUGGAUAAAAAGGUUAAAUGAUGCAGCCGAUGACAUGCAAGUGGUCCCUGAUCGGAAGUUAAGGGUAGCCACUAGAUUGUUGGAAGGUUUAGCUUCUACUUGGUGGGAAGGCAUCAAGGGUAAGUUUGACGGGGUUGUCACGUGGGACAACUUCGAGCAAUCAUUCUAUGAACAGUUUUAUACCUCUUUCGAAGUUAAUCGAAAGAGGAGGGAAUAUACAAAUCUCAAACAGGGCAAUGAGUUUACGGUGAAGCAAUUGGAACAAAGGUUCCGACAUUUGGCAAGGUUCUUGCCUGAAUAUGCCGCCAAUGAGGAUCGAAUGGCGAACCAUUUUUGGAAUGCACUGAAUUUGGAGGUACGCGAAAGGGCGACCUAUCAAUUCAACAUGACUUUUAGUCAAGUAGUAGCCCAGGGUCUCCAGGGGGAGGAGCUUUGGGAGGAAAGGCAAGCAAGGGGUGCUAAGGAAGCACAAGAAAGGGAUCAGAUGAUCAAUCAUCCUCUGCGACGAGAGAGGAAGUAUGACUUCCAAAGCAAGGGGGACUCUAGCAAGUUAGUUCCAUUUUCAAAAGGGAGCAAGGACUGGGUAAGUCAAAGCUCAAGCACUCGGGGCACAGGAGCGCCCAAAUGUGAGAAUUGUAGGCGGAGGCACCACGGGAUAUGUCUAGAACCAUCUAGAUGCUACUUUUGUGGGGAAACGGGCCACAUAAAGGCUCUUUGUCCUCAACGUGUACGGGGAGGAGCCUUGGGGGCCCACAGGGGAGUCACGGAGGUUGCAAACCCAACAGGGAUUGCUUCAAAUGUUUUACCAUCCACCAAUCGGGGAAGAACUCGCUCGUGAAGGCGAUGAAUGACAGAAGCCAUUUGUGGGAAUGACUAUGACAUAAGACAAAGGAAAAUGGGGGAAGGACCAAACAUAAUGUGCAAUGGGACCAUUUCCCAUAUAAUUGAAGAACAAAGCCAAAAAGAUUAUCAUCUCACCCAACCACUCCCAAAAUUUCGGCCACACACUCUCAAGGAGGAGGAGGAGCUCUGAAAAUAUCAUCCUCCAUAGCCAUGAACCGAGCUCAUGUUUGAAGGAGGUUCGAGGAAGAAGAAAAGCUUGGAAAAGAAGAGAAAAACUUAGUAAAAUUAAGGAAUUUUACCAAGGUAUUCUAGACUUCUCAAGGAACCUAGGAGUGGCCGGAAAGUCGCCGGAGCCGCCGGAGUUUUCGCCGGAAAAUUCAAAAGUCACCGGAGUUCAAACAAAGAAGAUAAAAGCUUGCUAGCGUCACUUCAAGGUUGAAGCUAGAGCUUACUUCCUGCACCCGUUGCUCGGGAGAUCGAUGGAGAGAAGACGUGGUUCGUGCUUCCUCUCGUUCCAUUUUUAAAUAAUUAAAUAAUGCUCAUGGAACUAUUUUGACUUAUAAAUUAAUGGAGCCUGCGAGCUCUUGUUUUACCCUUGUGUGGGUUCUUAUUAAAACACUUAUAUUCCGCUAUGUGUUUGAUUGUAUGUUGAUGUUGUUAUGUAUGUUUACUA